AUGGGUUUCGCCACGAAGACGGCGCAGAUGCAGGCUGAGAUCGACGAGCUGACCGAGCAGGUGGAGGAGGCGCGCGCGAAGAACAAGCAGAUGCAGAAGCAAAUGAUCGCGAUGGAGGGCGAGGUCGCCGAGGCGCAGGACAAGCUCGAGCUGGCGCGCGAGGAAAACGCGCAGCUCCAGGGCGAGAAGAGCGCCCUGACCGACGCGGUCAAGUCCCUGAACAAGGAGGUCAGCAAGCUGAAGAACUUCAAGAUGAACCUCAUGGCGACGCUCAAGGAUGACGACCAGAACGAGUUCACCAACGACGCGUCCGGCGACAGGCUCGUCUCCUCCGUGCUUCAGUCGGCGAAGCCCACCGCGAGCCCGAGACAGGGGAGCAUCCUAUCCGAGCGUACCGGCGCGUACGGCAACACACCCUCAGCGUCCCCCGCGAGGUUCACCAACGGAGGAUCGCACUCGUCCACCGUCACGUCGCCAUCCGUCGGCGGCCACGGGUCCCCGCCCGUCGGCAUCAACGGAGCCGGCGGCAAGGUGGACGGCAAGGAGUUCUUCCGCCAGGCGAGGGCGAGGCUGUCGUACGAGAAGUUCUCGCAGUUUCUCUCCAACAUCAAGGAGCUCAACGCGCACAAGCAGACGAGGCAGGAGACUCUCGCGAGGGCCAGCGAGAUCUUCGGAGACGCAAACGCCGACCUCUACGCCACGUUCGAGACGCUCCUGGUGAAGCACCUGCCCAAGUACCAGUCUACGCUCAAAUUGUACUUUUUUGAUGACUGCGUUACCUACAGAUCCGAAAUCAACGAGGUGGGUUUUCCACGUCAGUGUGACCUUCCGAUAAAGCCUCGUCAAAAGCGGCGCUUGGGCGAAUCCUCCGCCACUUUAUCGGAGGGCUCGGCGUCGUCUGCGACCGCCGAAGGUAGGGCGAAGAUGCAGCGCCAAGCCAUCUCGCUCGGGGUUGUCGCGCCGGUGGUGCUCGCGCGUCGCCGCGUCGCCGCGACCCCCGCGGCGACGUCCUCGCGCGCGCCCCCAGCGGACCAGAAAUCGCACUUCCUCGGGCGGCGGCCGAGUCACGGCGCGUCGGCGCCACCGCGAGGGCCGCCCUCGCUUCGCGCGGUCGCCGACGCGGCGCCCGCGCGCGCUCCUCGAGGGCGGGGUCGCGGCGGUAAAGGCGGUCGCGGCGGCGGCGGCGGCGGCGGCGGGUCGGGCGGCUCCAGCGCCGACGUGUCCACCUCCGCGCGCAUCCAAGGCGAGCUCACCGGCGCUCGCGACCCGCGCGAUAUCCUCGCAAUCGUCGACGCCGACGGCGACGCGUUCGACCCCAUCCACACCGCCACCGCCAUCCACCGCAUCGCCACGCACACCAAGGGCGACGCCACGCGCGAAUCCGUCACGUCCUCCCCGUCCUUCGCGGCGCUCAUGGACCUCGUCCGCGCCAAUCUCGGCGGCAUGAACGCCCAAGGAUUGGCCAACGUCGCGUGGGCGUGCGCGCGGCUCGACCACUCCCCGGGUGCGGAUCUCCUCGACGACAUCACCGCCGGGCUCGAGCGCGAGCUCACCGCGAAGCCGCCGGCCACGAAGGGUGGGCGCGCCGCGAAGGCGCGAGAGGUGAAGCCGCAGGCGGUGUCCAACAUGGUGUGGGCGCUGGGGUCUCUUCGCCACCGGCCGAGCGACGAAUGCUUGGCUUCCAUCUUUAGCGCCGUGGCGCCGAGGCUGCGGGACUUCCGCGCGCAGGAGCUGACGAACGUGGUGCUCGGCGCGGCGCACAUGGAGUACGUCCCGGGCGAUGCAUUCAACGCGUCGGUGUUCGACGCCGUGGCGACGAACGUCCAAUCCUUCGAGGGUCAGGAGACGAGCAACCUGCUGUGGGCGCUCGCGCGGGUCGGAGCUCGGGCGCCCGACGAGUUGGUCUCCACGCUGCUGGAGCAGAGCGCGGCGCAGAACCUGGGCGGGAUGGCGUCCGCGCUCAACCUGUCCCAGUGCCUGUGGGCGUGCGCCAAGAUGGGCGUCGCGCCGCCGGAGACGUACGUCAAGGCUGUGGACGCCGAGUUGCCUCGAUGCGCGGCGCGGUUGACGACGGAGAGCGUGGAUUGCAUCCUCUGGGCGCUCGCGACGAUGGGCGCGCCCCUCGGCGCGGACGCGAUGGACGCGCUGACGAACUCGGCGGCGAGGCUGGCGGAUCGCAUGGACGCGGAGAUGCUGGUCAAGACGCACUGGGCGCUCGCGAGGCUUCGUCACAGGCCGGCGCCGGGCGACAUGCAGCAGAUCGUCUCCGCGGCUAGAAGGCUGGUGGAUGAGCUUCCCGCGGAUGACAGGCUGACGGUGAUGCACGCCUGGGGGGUGCUGCGGACCAACCCGGGCGACGACGUGAUCCGCGCGUACACCGCGGACUUCAGGGGCGAGGGCGAGGGCGAAGACGCCCCAGCAGGAGCGCGGGAGUCCGAGCUGGACGGCGACCAGGCGGCGAAGCUGCUCUGCGCGUACGGGCGGACGAGGCAUCAGCCGCCGGGUGCCCACGCGGCGGCGCUGGCGAACAGGCUGGUGGAGGAGGCCGCGGAGGGGUCGCUGCACCCGGGCGCGGCGGUGCUCGGGCUGUGGGGCGCGUCGCUGCUGGACAUGCGCAUGAGCACGAAGCAGCUGGACAUCCUCGCGAGAAACGCGAUCUCGCAGGAUAAGAAGCUCGCGCCGAGGUCGCUGGCGAAGAUCGUCUGGGCGCUCGCCGCGUUGGGGUACGAUCCGACGCCCAAAGACCUCGCGGCGCUGAAGGACCGGUCCGCGCACGCGAUGCCGAGGCUGAUGGCCAAGGAUCAGGAGGCGUUGCGCGAGGCGUUGGCGAGGCUCGGCGACGUGCAGAUCACGCGCGCGUAGGAAGCGCCGAGGAGAGGACGGGACAAAUUGUUGUUGUCGCUCCGAUCGGUAAGGCGCUAAUUUCGUUUGUAUUGCAAGGCACGGCUCGAUUUUUACUA